AUGAUUUCGUUAUUGUGUCUUUGCAGGCGUGAUGUGCUGCAAGUGGACACCUGGACAUACACCGUCGGGAAGAAUGGUUUGGCUAAUGAUUGGGUCAUCCUCAACGACAAGACCGGUCAAACUUUGGUCCGAGCUACCAACACAUGUGUUAUGAUGAACUAUGAGACGAGGAGGUUGCACAAGUUCGUGCAGGAAGUGCGGGACGAGCUCGCGUGCUGUAUCGUGCCGGUGGAAGAGUCUGUAGUCCCCAAAAACGAACAACGAUUGUCGCGACUGGAUUUCGAGACCGCUGAACGUGUCACCGGUGGCCUGACGUCGAGGUGGUUCGAUUUGGACGUGAAUCAUCAUGUGAACAACGUCAAGUACGUGGAUUGGAUCCUGGACAGCGUCCCACGCUCGCUUCCGGAGGGGCAUGAACUGCGCGCAAUGACCAUUCAGUUCAGAAAAGAGGUUGCUAUAGAUACCGCCGGGAGUGGGAACGGCAACGGCGGAGGCCGCGGCGCCGAUAAUGCUCCGGUGGAGGUGGACCAUUUGCUGUGCCUUGAGGACGGGUCAGAGAUAUUGAGGGCAAGAACAACUUGGAAACCCAAAAAAACCUAG